AUGGUUCACCACGGUGCUCAUCAUGUCCAUGCGACUCCAGUACAGGACCUGCCUCAUAUGAACUUCCGCUCAUAUGUUGAGGCCCUCAAACAGGAUAACGAUCUUGUGGAAAUUGACCGGGAGAUCGACCCCGAUCUCGAAUGCGGUGCCAUCAUCCGCAAAGUCUGCGAAACCGACGACAAAGCGCCACUAUUCAAUAACCUCAAGGGGGCUCACGACGGCCUUUUCCGUAUCCUCGGUGCACCUAACUCGCUUCGAUCCGGCAAGGACAAGUAUGGACGUCUUGCUCGCCACCUCGCCCUUCCUCCAUCUUCAGGCAUGAAGGAGAUCUUGGACAAGAUGCUCUCCGCCAAGAAUGCUCAGCCUAUUCCCCCGAAUAUCGUCAAGUCUGGCUCCUGCAAAGAGAACGUUCUGAAUGCCGGAGAGUUUGAUCUGACAAAGCUCCCGGUUCCUCUCUUGCACCAGGCUGAUGGUGGAAAGUACAUCCAGACCUAUGGUAUGCACGUUAUCUCCUCGCCGGAGAAAGAUUGGACCAAUUGGUCAAUUGCGCGUGCCAUGGUUUAUGAUAAAGAUCACCUAGCCGGCCUGGUCAUUCCCCCUCAGCAUGUUUGGCAAAUGCAGCAGAAGUGGAAGGCUAUUGGCAAGGAUGUCCCUUGGGCGCUUUGCUUUGGUGUUCCUCCUGCUGCCAUCAUGGCUUCUAGCAUGCCUCUUCCUGACGGUUGUACCGAGGCUGGUUACAUUGGUGCUAUGACUGGCCACGCUAUUGACGUGGUCAAGUGCGAGACCAAUGACCUCUAUGUCCCUGCUAACGCCGAGAUUGUUCUUGAGGGCACUAUGUCUAUCACCGAGACUGGUCCUGAAGGACCAUUUGGAGAAAUGCACGGUUACGUUUUCCCUGGUGACUCCCACCCUUGCCCUCUGUACAAGGUCAACAAGAUCACCUACCGCAACGGUGCCAUCCUCCCAGUCUCAAACUGUGGUCGUCUUACCGAUGAAACCCACACUAUGAUCGGACCUCUUGCCGCUGCUGAGAUUCAUCAACUUUGCAAGGACGCAGGUCUCCCUGUCAAGGAGUCCAUGUCUCCAUUCGAGUCUCAGGUCACUUGGGUUGUUCUUCAGAUUGACGGUGCUAAGCUUCGUGAGAUGAAGACGACCUCAGAGCAGCUUUGCAGGAAGAUUGGUGAUUUGAUUUUCAACCACAAGGCCGGCUAUACUAUUCACCGUCUACUCUUAGUCGGUGAUGACAUCGAUGUCUACAAUUGGAAGGAUGUUAUCUGGGCAUUCUGCACUCGUUGCCGCCCUAGCUUGGAUGAAUACUUCUACGAUGACGUCCGUGGAUUCCCUCUGAUUCCGUACAUGGGCCACGGAAAUGGUUCCCCUGUCCAGGGUGGCAAGGUGGUUUCCGACGCUUUGAUGCCUACCGAGUACACUACUGGACCUGACUGGCAGGCUGCUGACUUCAAGAAUUCCUACCCUGAGUCCAUUCAGGCAAAGGUCAACGCCGAGUGGACCUCGAUGGGCUUCAAGGCUGAU